GUCGAAAGAUCUGACCGUGAUGCUGUAUCCCGUCUCAUAGGUUUCCGUUCUUUGGUACUAUACGACAAAAUGGGGAGCCCUAGCAUGGCCAUACUUGGUAUCAUCCUAAUACUCUUGCACUGUCUCACUCCGUGCGCUGCAUUAGAACAGUCUGAAGCGCACCAGCUGCGGCAGCUGCCUGGUCUUUUCGGCCCAACCAAGCCAAGCCUUGCAUUGAAGCUUCAGCCUGCAAGGAAACUGCGGUUGUCGAAGAGCGACCUCAGUAGCUUACUGCUAGAUUUGCGGCACGAAGUGAAGAAGCAGGUAUCUCAGCUCGAAGAGGACCUGGCAGAGCGAGCACGCCUCCGGCAGCGAGCAAAGUCAACAUGGUCAGCACACGGUGCCCCGAUCUGGAUUCCUUCCGAAGGGGCUGCUAGUGCAUUACAACCAUCAAACCCUAGAAUGGUAAGAGUUGGAAGGAUUGCUUGCCAGUCUGGCAUCAGACGCUGGCGACACGCCCGCGGCCUGAUCAUAUCUGUUUGCUGAUACAACGCCACUACUCUACUUCAGGAGUUACUAGUACGCUCUCAGGGGUUCAAGCAGGUAUCAGAAGGUGUACGGAAGCAAGAGAUACUCGUACCCUUCAGACACCACCAUUUCUUGUCAUUUUCCGGCGACACCAGGGUACUGUUUCCUUGCACCAGUCCCAUCCCUCCAGACUUCACGCUGUCUGCUCUCAAUAUCCUUGCAUCCGUUCGUGCGCUCGCCUUUUGUCUCUGAGCAUCGGAGCAUACACUUGAAGGAGUGAUGCAUUCUUUCGGUACCCUGGCAAACAUUCUAAUUGACGUGUUUUCUCAAUUGGCACACUUGAACGCUU